AUCACCGAAGUCAAUGACACUAAGCAGGAUAUACCAGAAAGUCUUGAAUGAUGAUUUGAAUUCAUUUGUAUACGACGCAAGCCUCGCUGGAUGUAAUUAUCGCAUCAACUGUACUCCCACUGGGUACAAAAUUGCUGUUCGGGGUUACUCUGAAAAGUUACCAAUUCUUUUGGAAACACUUACUUCGAGGAUGUUGAGCUUGAUUAAAGAACUGAAAGAAGGGAAAGAUAUGCAUCCUGCUUUGUACGAUCGUUUUGAAAAGGCGAAAGAGAGUCUCCUGCGUGAAACAAAGAAUUGUGAGUAAAAUUCAAACGUUUCAUUUUUUUCUUCAUCCAUGCGAGUUAAAGGUUUACUAUGAACUAUAUUUCUCAAAAUUUAAUUCGCUCGUUGUAUCAUAGAUCGACUGGACAACCCUUAUGAAGUUGCAAACUACAACUCAAGACUCUUGAUGGAGGAAAACGUGUGGUACAUUGACAAUUAUGUUGAUUUAUUGGAAGGAAAACAAGCUGAUAAGGAUCCAUUGACGAUGGAGCAGUGUGCUGCUGUUGCAGAAGAGUCACUUACAUCACGCUUAAAUGCGGAGGCCAUGUGCAUUGGCAAUAUUGAUGAAAAGGGUACUAGAGAAGUGGUUGAUGUGAUCAAUCGCGUUUUCAUUAACAAAUCAAGGCCUCUCAAUUUUGCAGAAUCACCAGGGUUCAGGUCUAUGAAGCUUCCGACAAGAGCUGAGGCAGAGUAUAUUUUUGGUUCAGAGGUCAAAAAAGAACUGGUUCCUGUCAAGUAUCAGGAAUUAGCGUCAAGUCCAUCAGAAGAAAAUAACGCUGUGGAAAUGACUCUGCAAUUYGGAUCUGACGCGAGUCUUGGCUACGAAGGCAUCGGAAUUCUUGAUCUCAUUGGUCACCUAGCAUACAGUUCCGCAUACAACCAGCUUCGUACCAAAGAGCAGCUCGGGUAUAUUGUAAGUGUGUACACACGAAAGACUGCUGGAAGUACUUGGGGCUUAACCAUGGUCGUACAAAGUAGUAGCAAGCCUCCGAAGCACCUAGAAGAACGUAUCGAACAAUGGCUCAAAACAUUUCGGGAAGAGUUGGAAGGGAAGUCUCCAGAGCUUUUUGCGACAGAAGCCCGAGGUGUGGUUGUGCAGCUGAUGGAAGAAGACAGAAAACUGUCAUCUGAAGUUGGCUCGUGGUGGAAUGAAAUUGCCGCUACUGAAGCGAAUCACGAUCGGUUAAAGACACCUUCGUUUGAUCGUCUAGAUAAAUUAGCAGAUGAACUGAACCCAACGUCGGAGGGUCUUUCUGAUACAACGCUGAUUGGAAGCAAACGGAAAUCGCCUGAAGAGCUGAAAGAGCGGGUACUGCGUAUGUUCGACCAAUUUUGUGCAUCUGACUCUCCUGAUCGAAGGGCGAUAUCAUCCAGGGUGUUCAGCCAUGCAUCGAAGGAAGAGUACGAAGAAAGCUUGGCUGAGCCGGGAGUGCUGUCUUCGUACUCUGACAUGCAAUAUCUUAAGGAAUUUUUACCAACGUGGCCUGUAGUGCCAUAUUGGAGGACCACGAAAUAAAAAUGCAAUCGAUUUUGAGGUUUAUUUUGAGUGAUUCAUCAACCUAUAAUUCUGUUAUUCCAUAAAGUGUUAUUCCAAUC